CGCCAAAGAGACGCGGAGAAAAUCGAGAAACCAGUUACAAGAAAUGAUUCUUCGAAGACUGUUCAUUUCGCUGAUCGGUGUUUGUAUUGUGAUCCGAGUUAACGCUUCGAUAAAGCGAUGUUUUUCGUGUAGAUCUCGCGGCGAAUUGGGAAGCUGCAAAGAUAAAUUCAAAUUUUACAAUGCUAGUCAACUAGAUACGGAAACUGGAGUCGAAGCUGUACCUUGCGCUUCAGGAUGGUGUGGAAAAGUCAUCGAAACCAGAGAUCACGACUUGAAGGCUGAAGAAUACGGAGUAGCUACUCAAAGAAUGUGCUUACAAAGAUCGCCCUCUGACAAUGAAGAAAGAUGCGACGAUACAAUAUGGAGUCAUAAGAAAGUUUUCAUGUGUUUUUGUCAAGGCGAUUUGUGUAAUGAUGGUAUUGCGAUUAGAUCAUCGUCGUUGAUUUUCAUUGUCACUUUACCUGUGUUAUUGUGCUGGGUUUGUAAACUUAUUUAGCUCAAUUACAGUUCCUCUUUUAUAAAA